AUGGGUUCUUCGGAAGAAUCAAGGGAUUUCUGGACGUCCAAGCAAUAUGCGACUUCCGCCGCCUUUGUACCGCAACUUACGCAAAAAGUGGUGCAAUACCUCGCGGUCGAAGAGAAUGACCGAAUCCUCGAUCUGGGCUGCGGCGAUGGCAUAUUGACGGCUCAGAUCGCCUCUGCACUGAAGUCGGGGUACAUACUAGGUCUCGAUGCUUCUCCUUCGAUGAUACAGAGUGCGCAACACGCAUAUCCUACUUUAACUCACCCGCGCUGCGAAUUUCGCGUCAAAGACUGUACCCAACUCAUCGAAGGUCCGUCCCGUGAUGGUGCUAUCGACGGCACGUGGGACAAGGUCUUCUCAAACGCAGCACUACACUGGAUCCUACGGAGCCCUUCAACUCGCCUUUCCGUUCUGGAGGCCGCCUACCGCGCCCUCAAACCUGGCGGGACAUUCGUAUUCGAGAUGGGCGGCGCUGGGAAUGUCUCCGAGAUCCACGCCGCGCUCACCGCUGGACUGCUCCAUUUCGGCUGCCCAUUAGAAACCGCCCGCGCCGCGUCGCCGUGGUUCUUCCCCAGUGAUGCGUGGAUGAAGAAUGCACUGGAGGGCGUGGGGUUUACGGUGGACAAGGUCGAGCUGGAAUAUCGGCCGACGAAGCUUACGGAGGCGCAGAAUGGGGGGCUGGAGGGGUGGGUUAAGCUCUUUGGGGCGAGUGUACUUGAUCACGUUGAAGAGUCGAAGAGGGAUGAAUGUGUCGGAUGGGUUUCUGCGCUCUUGCAGACGAUUGUGACGAGGGAGGAAGAUGGGAGUCAAUGGUUGGGGUAUGUGAGACUGCGAGGGGUUGCUACCAAGGGGGCAUAG